UUGUGUAAUUUCCCAUGGGCAGUGGAAUCAGGAAGAAGCAAGACAGAGUUCUACUUGGAGAGAACUGAAGGCGGUGUAUAUGGUGCUCAUGCAUUUCAUGAUGCUUACCAGAGUGAUCUGUCGUCUUUGCCUGAUGAGGUGGCUGAACUUGCUGCUGGGUUACCGGACCUGUUGUGUCAGUCCAGAGCUCAGUCAACUGUGAGCAAGUACCGUUAUGGUUAUGCUGCAUGGAAAAGGUGGGCGAAGAGUAGUAGCAUGCCUGAUGUAUUGCCUAUUGCACCGUUGCAUUGUGCCAUAUACCUGUUGUCGAUUGUGCAGCGAAGUGAAUCUAUUUCGCCAGUUGUAAAUGCUUUUUAUAGCUUAAGGCAUGCUCAUACGGUUAUUGGGCUGGUAAGUCCGACAGACAGUAUGCUAGUGAAAAAUGUUUUGGAGGCAGCUAAGAGGAAGUUAGCUAGGUCAGUUGUGAAAAAAGAGCCGGUAACUGUUGAAAUUUUGAAUUCUUUAUUCGAUUCAAAAAUUGUAGAUCCAUCUUUGUACAAUUUACGGACAAUAAGUAUGUGUUUACUAGCUUACGCAGGAUUCCUGAGAUCCGAGGAACUACUAAAUAUAACACGUUCAGAUAUUGUGUUUUACAAUUCUCAUAUGUUAUUGUUUAUUGAAAAGUCCAAAACUGAUGUUUACCGAGAUGGUGCUUGGCUUGUGAUUGGGAGAACAGGUACAAAACUUUGUCCGGUUGAAUGUUUGGAGAGGUAUUUACAGGCUGCUUCAAUUAAUCCUCAGUCAGAUGUGUACAUCUUUAGAAAUGUUACAAAGUAUGCGGGACAGUAUGAGCUGAGGAGAAGCAACAAACCUAUGUCUUAUACUAGGUUGCGAGACAUAUUUUUGGAGGCUUUGACACCGUUUGUUAGUGACAUUAAACGGUAUGGUUCGCACAGUCUUCGUAGUGGAGGCGCUACUGCUGCAGCUAAUAACGGUAUACCAGAUCGUAUGUUCAAACGCCAUGGUCGAUGGCGCAGUGAAAAGGCUAAGGACGGUUAUGUUAAAGAUAAACUGGAAAACAGGAUCAAGGUGUCUCUGUCGCUCGGUCUCUGACUUUCUUUGUAAUCUCGCCGUGCACACCUAGCAGCGUGUCCCAAUGUUGAUCAUGAAUGUGUUUUGUUGUUACUGAGUGUAACAGUGUUAUGUAGGAGAAAUUAUAUUUCCUACGUUUGAAGGAUGAAUUAGUAGGAAAUUGUUUUCUCCUAGCGGUGUGUAACGAGAGUUACUUGCCCCGUGGGGUGGCGCUGUUAAGGAUAUAUAAGGGUUACUCAAUUUGAAUUGGUCAUUCUCGCUGAAAGUACACCACGGCCGCUUUAUGAUGGACUCUAACGUAAAGCUUACUGUAAAGAUAUAUUUUAUUUUUAUUUUUUUUUAUUUCCCAAUAGUUAUGUAUUCAUAAUGAAACUAUGUUCAUAUGUUGCAGGUGUUGGUUACUGUCAGGAGACAUAUUAGGUGUGCAUGUUAUAUGGCUGCAUCCCGGCUGGAGAGCCAUGAUAAUACUCACAAGUUUGUAUAUUGGAAUGAACUGAUUUGUACAUUGAUGUAGUGUAGAAUUGUUGGGCUGAGGAGCCGUUAUAAUACCUCUAUUCAUAAUUUGAAAUGACGGAGUUACAAUAUAUUUGUAUAUAUGUUAGGCUGAAGAGCCGUUAUAAUACUUCUAUUCAUAUACUGAAAUGGAGGAAUUACAAUAUAUGUGUCUAUUCGUUGGCCGAAGAGCCGUCGUAAUACUUCUAUUCAUAUAUUGAA